UUAUCACAAAUCACAAGUUUACGGCACCACCGUAGUUUUCACGGCCAAAUAUUUACGAGAGCAGAGCAGCAUUCCAAACACGCCACCACAUAUAAUAGUAAUAAUAAAUAACAGAAAAAAUAAAUAAAUUAUAGAGUACGUUGAUUUAUCAUAGUUGACCCGCCAAAUUAUAUAGGAGUCUGGCUGUGUAGCUAUUUGAAUGACGGUAGGUAAUUUAGUUAACCAGCGGUGAUCAUGGUUUCCGUGGCGGUGGCCGUGAAAGAUGGCAGUGGUAGCAGACGCGCCGUCCGGUGGGCGGCGGAGAAUCUUAUGUUGUCUGAUGCUCAUCAUCUUAUACUCAUCCAUGUCUUCCCCACUCUCACUUGUAUCCCUACUCCAUCAGGAAAACAAAUUCCUAUCAAGGACAUGGAUUCUGAUGUGGUGGAGAUGUAUGUACAAGAUAUGAAAUCAAGGCUUGAACAAAUGUUUCUGCCAUUCAAGAAAUUAUGCAAGAGCAAGGAUAUCACCACUGUGCUGCUGGAAGGGGACAACCCUGCAUCAUCGCUUGUUAGCUUUCUAACUGACUCGGGGAUAACAACCUUAGUUCUCGCUUCUUCGUCUUCCAACUGCAUUACAAGAAAGCUAAAGGGCCCUGAGGUAGCUUCAACUGUUGUCAAACAUGCUCCUCCCACUUGUAAUCUUUAUGUGGUUUCUUCCAACCGGAUUACUUUCAAAUCUGCAAUCUCAUUGUCCGCCAAUGGCAAAGAUUAUUGUUUGUUGACUGAGAGGGGACAAGGUGCUUCAAUGAAAAAUCAACGUUUGCCUGCUUUCAUUUCUUCCUCUGAGGAGGUUGGCUUUCAAAAAAGUUCUGCAAAAUCACUGAUCAAAUAUCCAAGUUCUAUGCUCUUCAGACAUAAAAGCCACAAAAAUAUUCAAAGAAAAUUGGCUGAUGAUAUUUCAGAAAAUCGUCCACUACAAAGAUCAUCAACUUCUCAGUCUUCUACCUAUUCAGAGCAAUCAGAUGCUCAUGCUGAAGUAGAGCAAGUUCGUCUAGAAUUACAAAAAGUUGUCGGGUUGUAUAACCGAGCUUGUGAAGACCUUGUCCAUGCCCAAGCCAAGGUCCAUGUACUUUCUUCUGACUACCUUGAAGAGUCUAAAAGGGUGAAUGAAGCCAUAAAAAAUGAAGAAAAAUUAAGAAUAAUGGCAGUUGACGAGAAGGAAAGGCAUGUGGAAGCUGUAAAUGAAAUUGAGAUGGCAAAAAAUUUGUUAUCUAAAGAGAUUUAUGAAAGACAAAUUGCAGAAGUAAAAGCUACGCAGGAGUCCAUGGAGAAGCAAAGGGUUAUUGAUGCACUUUUGUUGGGUGAUGGAAGGUACAAGAGGUACACUAGAGAUCAAAUAGAGGUAGCAACUGAUUUCUUUUCUGUGACCAAGGUCAUCGGUGUAGGAUCAUACGGGAAAGUUUACAAAUGCAAACUUGAUCACACCCCUGUAGCCAUCAAAGUUCUUACUCCCGAUGCAUCUGACAGAAGAUAUGAGUUUUUGACAGAGAUUGAAGUUCUCAGCCAACUACGCCACCCACACAUAGUUUUACUGCUUGGAGCCUGUCCAGAGAUUGGUUGCCUUGUUUACGAGUAUAUGGAAAACGGAAGCCUAGACGAUCAUAUAGUUUGCAGGAACAGUAACCAAUCUCUUUCAUGGGUCAUUCGGUUCAGAUUGGCUUUUGAAGUAGCCUGUGGACUUUCAUUCUUGCACAACUCAAAACCAGAGCCUAUCAUCCAUCGAGACUUGAAGCCAGGGAACAUUUUGCGAGACAGAAAUUUCUCAAGCAAGAUUGGAGAUGUAGGCUUGGCAAAACUCAUUUCAGAUGCUGUACCUGACAAUGUCACAGAAUAUGGAAACUCAGUUCUUGCAGGUACACUCUUGUACAUGGAUCCAGAGUAUCAGAGAACAGGCACAGUUCGACCCAAGUCUGAUCUAUACGGUUUUGGCAUCAUAAUUCUACAAUUAAUAACUGCUCAGCAUCCUUACGGGCUUACACAAAGAGUUGAAAAUGCUUUUGAAAGUGGUUCUUUCGCAGACGUACUGGAUAAAUCAAUUAAAAAUUGGCCUUUGGCCGAAACAGUGAAAUUAACCCAGUUGGCCUUGAAGUGCUCCGCUCUCAGAUGCAGAGAUAGGCCAGAUCUCGAUACUGAAGUGCUUCCAGUGUUGAAGAAGCUUGCUGCCUUUGCAGAUGCAAGUGAAAAGGUCACUGAAAUUAUUAAUGCACCUGGGCAUUUCUACUGCCCAAUUCUUCAGGAAGUAAUGGAUGAUCCACAUAUUGCUUCUGAUGGUUACACAUACGAGCAUAAAGCAAUACGAAUGUGGGUGGACAGGCAGAAUGUUUCCCCGGUAACAAAACAGCGGUUGAAGCAUAAGAUGCUUACUCCAGACCACAGUUUACAUUCUGCUAUACAGGCAUGGAGGUUAAAUGUAGCAUCCUCAAGAACAUAGGGAGAAGACUUAUGCAACUCUGCAUUAUGUUUAAGAUGCAUGCAAUCUUCAAAUAGAUAUUAAGGGUACACCCCAGUGUGGCAGUGUGUACUCCUUUCCACGAGCAUCGCAGUCUCCUAACUCUCUUCCUUUGAUUAUUUUUUUUCCGCGUGCCUGCACUAUGCGGAACAUUUGCAAAUUUGCUUGUUUAGGUGUGCUGAUGUGACUCAAUUUUAACCUCUUAUGCGUAGUUUAUAAUCCAGACUAAAUAGGAUGUCGUUCUACGCUAAGGAUCAAUUUAUCACUUUUCUUUUAUUA